AUGGGCGAUAAGCGCAAGCUCGAGAACCCGGCUGAUGCCGUUAAAGAGAAGAAGGAGAAGAAGGAUGAGGUUGCUGAGGUUGCGCCUGUUGAGACUACCGAGGUGAAGGAGAAGAAGGAAAAGAAGGACAAGAAGGAGAAGAAGGACAAGUCUGACAAGAAGGAGAAGAAGGAUAAAUCCGACAAGAAGGAAAAGAAGGAAAAGCGCAAGGCCGAGGACGAGGCUGAGACCGAGUCACCCGCCGACAAGAUGGACGUCGACGAGGAGACCACCGAGAAGAAGGAAAAGAAGGAAAAGAAAGAAAAGAAGGACAAGAAGAACAAGAAGCAAAAAACCGACGAAACUGCUGCCCCCGAGGAGCAAGAGCAAGAGCAAGAGCAAGAGCAAGAGGAAGCUGUCCAGGGCAAGAACUCUCGCUUCAUCUGCUUCGUCGGCAACCUGCCCUACUCCGCCAACCACGAAUCCCUCACCAAGCACUUCGAAAAGAACCCACCAGCCCUAGUCCGCGUCGCAACCAAGAAAGAAGCUCCCAGCAAGUGCCGCGGUUUCGCCUUCAUCGAGUUCGACAACUACGACCGCAUGAAGACCUGCCUGAAGCUGUACCAUCACUCCAUGUUCGAUGAUGGAAAGUACCCUCCUCGCCGCAUGAACGUCGAGCUAACUGCCGGUGGCGGAGGCAACACAGACAGCCGCAAAGCCAAAAUCCAAGCGAAGAACGAAAAACUGAACGACGAGCGCCAACGCGACGCCAAGAAGAUCAAAACAGACAAGAAGAAGCACGACAAGCCUGCCGGUCGUACCGGUGCUAAUGCCGAAGUUGCUGCGACCCCCGCUGCCAACGGUGAUGAUGAUAAGUAUGCUGGUGUGCACCCCAGUCGCAGACCGCAGCAGAUGUGGUAA